UUCAAAGGACAGCUGAAAAGUAGAAAUAGGACGUUAGCUAGUCCACAGAGCUCAGCGCUGUGCUCAUUUCGAAAGAUUACAAAGGUAGUAAGUUAUAACAACAGCUUAAUCUCAGCUGGGACGAUGCUCUCAUAAACAUUUCUUCCAAGAUGACAAGCAACAACAGCACUUUGAGUUCUAAGACAGGAUACCGCUACGACCAAUGCUUCUUCAUCGAUGACAGCCCGGCUGAUUUCACCUUAGAUUACAGCCAAACAUACAUAACAAUUAUCGUAAUCAACUGUCUCGCUUGUCUGCCGACUAUCUUUGGAAAUAUUCUUAUAAUUUUGGGCAUUUGGUCGUUACCCGUCCUUCACACUCCUUCUAAUAUACUCCUAGUAGGGCUGGCUUCUUCCGAUCUUGGCGUUGGACUUCUAGUCCCUCCGUUAAACAUCGCAAGGAUUCUACCCAAACUUCAAGGAAGUCCACUGAACUCUUGGUGUCAUGUUCAAGUUGCAUAUACUUUCUUUGGGGUGAUGUUUUGCGGGGUCUCUUUCUUGACAGUCGCUGCAUUCGGUAUCGAUAAAUAUCUAGCAUUACAUUGGCAUUUACGGUAUACCACCAUAGUGACAACUAAGAGGGUCGUGUACAUAGUGUUGUCCUUUUGGGUUAUAUUUGGCGCCAUGUCAGCCGUUCAAAUAUGGAGCAUGACUGUAUAUAGAGUUAGUGUUUGUAUUGUUGUGCCUUUUUUUCUUGUGGGGACCUCCUUCACCUACUACAGAAUCUAUAGAGUUCUACUUAGACACAAAGUACAGAUUCAAAGUCAAUCCCAGGUAUCGACGCUGCAUAGAGACAGAUGUGAACGCCCGAACGACGCCAGUAGCACAUUGAACAUGGCGCGAUAUCGUAAAUCUGUCACUAGUAUGUUUCUAGUGUAUUGCCUGUUUUUGCUGUGUUAUAUUCCGUACAUAUGCGUCCAGGUUACUAUUCUCAUCGCAAGUAUUGAGUUUGAUACGAACGGCUCUAAACCUGCCAGCGACUUGAAAAGCUUGUACGUAGCGGUGGAUUUUACGGAAACUAUCGUUAUCAUAAAUUCAUUGCUAAACCCAUUAAUAUAUUGUUGGCGUAUGAGAGAAAUUCGUCACGCCGCUAAGGUAGCAUUUUCGAUUUUGCGAUGUAAUAAUGAUCAGGUUCAUAUGGAUCGCUCGAUUACUUUUUCUCAGUAAAUUGUUUUGGCUCUUUUAAACUGAAUUUUGGGUUUUUGACCCUGACAAGCGCCUUCGUUUCUCUGGUUAAUAUCAUUUAUAGUAUGUAUUUUUUGGAAUCAUUUAAGCAGUAUGCCUAACAAGACAAGUGUGUAUGUACAGUAUAGUGAAAUACAGCAAGCGAACACACAUAUGUGUUUGAUUUCCACAAUGUAAAUAUCCCAAAUAAUAUCGUAAAGCAAGUCAAAAUAAACGCAGUUUCAAAUAAAGAUUUUCCGUGAUU